AUGGCCCUUGAAGAUAUAUUCCCAGAGCCCCUCGUCCUGGCGCCUCUCUCGGGUACUCACAGACACACCAUCAUCUUACUGCACGGCCGAGGCAGCAGGGCAGAUGCUUUCAGCACAGAGGUGUCAGGAACUCACCUCAACAAGCUGCCCAACUUUGCAGACGACUUGGACCACAACGCUGCGCCGUCCACCACCCCGCCGAGCCCAACAGCCAGGAAGGACCCUACGACCCUCCAAGAGGCCCUCCCAGAUGCCAAGUUCAUCUUCCCUUGGGCUCGCAAGCAGCGUGCGACCGUCUACAAGCGCAGCAUCAUCCGCCAGUGGUUCGACGACUGGCACUGCAGCCCGGAGUUAUCAGGCGAUAUCGUGGACACGCGGUACGACAAGGGUCUGCAGACACCCGGGCUCGGGGACACAGUGAGAUUCCUGCACGGACUGAUCGCCGCGGAGGCGAGGAUUCUGGGUAGCGCACGGAACGUCGUGCUGGGAGGCUUCAGUCAGGGGGCGGCGGCAAGCUUGGUUGCUGCGCUGCUAUGGGAUGACGGCGGAGAAGGGCUGGGGGCCGUGGUGAGCAUGGCUGGGAGGCUGCCUUAUCAGACGCAGAUCAUGGCGCAUCUCGACACGGCUGCCUGCGCUGGUAAUGGUAGUUCGGAAGUUGGUGACGACUAUGACGUCGUCUUUGAUCCUUUCGAGGACCCAGCGACGCUUCAGGACGGCGAGACAAGGGCUGGGCCGACCCUUUCGGCGAUAGAAUGGCUGCGGGAGGAGAUUGAGCUGCCCAAGGAAGGGCGCUCAAUCCUGCGGCACGCUCAAAGCACGACAUCUGUUCUCCUUUGUCACGGACAGGACGACCAGCAAGUCUACAUCGAAGGAAGCAGACGAGCAUUAGAGAUCCUCCCACGUCUCGGACUGCGUCCUGUUGUGUGGAGGACUUAUGACGGCGUAGGCCAUGCACUUUCCGAUGACAUGCUCUCUGAUGUGGCGGGCUUCCUGCGAGGAGCACUUGGUCUGAGUUGA